AUGGUACUAGAAGAAGGAACGAUACAAGAAAAAGAUGAUAGUACUGAAUUGUGUCUAUCCAAACAAAUAAAACAAAAUUUUUAUAAACAUCUUAAAGAUACAAAUACAUAUGACCAAUGGCGUACAAGUAUUCAUCGACAGUUAGAAGAAGAUCUUCAACGACAAGUACAACAAGUACUUGACGAAACAGAGAGACAAGAACGUUUAGCUAAAUUACGUCGACAAUAUCUUCGCCUUCAUUUUUAUUUUCCAUCUAUAUUAAUUAAUAGAGCUGGUCAACAUCUUCCGUCACACCAAAUUGAAACGAAUGCUCAUCACAAUGAUCCAUUGAGUGAAAUAGAACGACGUAAUCAACGUGUUCUUCAUCCACUUAACGCAAAAGAAUCGUAUGGAACACAAAAUCAUCUUCCAACAUUUGAUCCUCAAAGAAAUAAAUUUUCUAGCAAUGAUUUUAAUUUAGAAUCAUACACUAGUUUUUGUCGACGUCGACGACUUUCAUCAAAUCGAAAUGAUGAACAUUUAUUAGAUGAUUCAUCAUUUGACGUGCAAAACCUUCGUGGCAAACGAGUACCACUAACUUCAAUUAAUCGGGAUUCAUUAUUUCUAUAUGGAAAUAGUAUUCUUAAAUCAAAUAAAGCUGAUAUCAUAAAUCUACUUGAUCAACGAACAAAUAACGGUGAAAAUACAACUCCUUAUGUUAAUAAAUAUGGAAUUAUUAUUGGUGAAGAUGGACCAUUCUGGCCCCAUAACUUUCGCAUUCUUCAUCCAACACCAAAAUUCCUUAGCCGCGAAUUGACUCCUAAAGAAUUUUAUUUAACAAUCACAAAUUCAUCACUACCAAGUAAGUAA